UUUCUACAUGUAACACUCUCACAUAUUUGUGGAUCAAAUCCAAUUCAUUCGGAUCAAACCAACGUCUAUAGAAUUAUUUCUCAUCCAUAUUUCUCAGUUAAAGAUUUAAUUACAAUUCUUUUCAAUUACAUUGGUUUUUUUCAAAAUCCUGGUUUCCACGGAUCUCCAGGGUUACCAGGCAUGCAAGGCGACGUCGGUGAGACCGUGUACGGUAUAAAAGGCACGAUGGGCGAGCAAGGAGACAGGGGAGAACCUGGCCCGCCGAGUCCGGACGAGUACACGAGAAAUACAGACUACACUCGGGUAAAGGGUAGCAGAGGUGUCAAGGGGAUGCGAGGGGACACGGGCGAUCGGGGGAGGAAAGGAGAACUGGGCGACAGAGGUCCUUUCGGUCGGCCAGGAUUUUCCGGUAUUAAAGGUAUGAAAGGAGAGCAAGGUGACGACGGACCUAGAGGCAAACAGGGUGUGGAAGGCCCGCCAGGACCCGCGGGUGAAAAGGGAGAGAAAGGAGCUCCAGGCUACGCUGGGAAACCAGGACCCGAUGGCUUUCCCGGGGAGCUGGGCGACGCGGGGAAUCAAGGACCGCCUGGUAAACAAGGAGCAGCGGGAGAGCCUGGAAAAUAUAUACCGGAACUGGAUGAGAUAAUUCAGGGGAAUAUUGGAAUUCAAGGAGAUUUAGGUCCGCCUGGUAACCCAGGAGAACCAGGAGUGCCAGGUUUACCUGGCAAAGUAGGUUACAUCGGGCCGCCUGGUCCUCCAGGGCCAUCCGGGCUUCCUGGAUUGGCAGGAUUGAAAGGAUCUUCGAUCAAAGGAGAGCCAGGGCAAGACGGUCUUACCGGAGAGAUGGGCUCGCAAGGUCCACCAGGUUUGCCGGGCAUAUCCGGCUCCGUUGGUCCAAAAGGCUUGCCCGGAAUAUCGAUAAGCGGCCCACCAGGCAUCGAUGGGAAACCUGGAUACCCUGGCAUCCCUGGAUUACCUGGAGAUCGCGGUGAUCCUGGCCCUCAAGGUCCGAAAGGUUUCCCAGGGAAAGGAAGUAGGAUCGGAGGCCCUCAGGGCGAACGUGGUCUGCCAGGAUUACCGGGACUUCCUGGACCCGACGGAUGGCCCGGUAUACCAGGGCCAAAGGGUGUGAAAGGUUUCCCAGGAGACGACUGCGGCGUCUGUGCGCCAGGACUGCCUGGUAAGAAGGGUGAACCCGGUGAUUCCGGUGUCGACGGAUAUCCGGGAACGCCAGGCUACCCAGGACUGCCUGGACCUCGCGGGUUCAAAGGCGUGCAAGGCAAACGAGGUGUCAUGGGUCCAAGAGGAUUGGAAGGUGACAGCGGACGACCAGGAAUCGCUGGUCCACAAGGACCAAAGGGCGAGACGGGGAAAUUGAUACUUCCGGGCCCGAUGACCAGACAGCCUGGCGACGUUGGUGACAAGGGUUAUCCUGGCAUCGAGGGACCGCGAGGACCGCGAGGGCCACUUGGCAUUCGCGGCGACGCGGGCGCUCCAGGUCCUAAGGGAGAAAAGCUUUCGACGCAGUUCCUCAAGCGAAAUACUCUUCAACAUCCUCGUCGCUUGACUUUGUAUCGUCUUGUAAGUUUUUCUGCGACAGAUUUCGAUAACUAUAAUCUUUUCGCAACACGGGUGAUCAUGGUCUUCCGGGAUUGCCAGGAAGCGAUGGUUUCCCCGCGUUGGAUGGUAUCCCGGGUUUGCCAGGUGACAACGCGUCGAUACCGGUCGUGUUUCUGCGAGGUGUGCCGGGUUUCUCGGGCAGUCCGGGGGUGAGAGGCGCGAGGGGUGAGAAAGGAGGGAAAGGUGAAACCGGUGAAUCUUAUCCUCCGCCGGUUAUAAAUCUGAAGGGAGACAAAGGGCACAAAGGAAUACGGGGCGACAUAGGCAAGGAUGGCGAGAAAGGAGCGCAAGGAUGGCCCGGUGACGAAGGAUUUCAAGGACUACCGGGACUCCCCGGGCCCCGCGGCAUAUCGCUGCAUGGUCCUGAAGGUUUGAAGGGUUAUCCCGGCAUGCCUGGAGAUCAAGGUCUUCGUGGAACACCGGGCACACCGGGAUUACAAGGACCUGUCGGUUUCCCGGGCCGCUUAGGUAACAAGGGAGAUCGCGGAGAUCCUGGAUCGAAUCAGACGUACGGCGAUUACGGGUUAACGGGUUGGCCCGGUGAUAAGGGGAACAUCGGUGACGCUGGACCUAGAGGUUUGCAAGGUAGACCCGGAUUGGACGGAGUAAAAGGCACGAAAGGUGGCAAGGGUGCUCCUGGUCCGGAGGGACUGCCUGGACUUCAGGUACAAUUACACGAUUUCUCAAUGAAAGAACGACUGGAGUUUGAUACUCGAGAUUUAACACUGAUCAACAUUGAUCAACAGGGAGCCAAAGGUCAACGAGGCGACAGCGUUCAGGGAAUUAGAGGCUUCCCUGGAAUACCUGGACAACCAGGAAUGCCCGGGCGAAUGGGAGAAAUCGGCAGGCCAGGUUCCUACGGAACGCCGGGAUUCGAAGGGAUGAAAGGCCUGAAGGGAGAGAUCGGUGUCAAAGGGCGCAGCGGCGAAGAGGGUGACAUUGGGCCGAUGGGCUACUUGGGAAGAGACGGUGUCGCGGGUCUGCCAGGCCCACCAGGGCCGAAAGGUGACAUUGGCGAGAUCGGCGAGUCCGGUCCUCCCGGAUGGCCUGGCCUCGAGGGGAUACCCGGAACGUCGGGAGCCAAGGGAGAACCAGGAGACGUUGGCCCCGAGGGUCUCGUGGGCAUUAUGGGGCUGCCUGGUCCAAAAGGCAUGCCUGGAGACGUCGGGCUGGAUGGUUUGGACGGACUGCCGGGUGAGAACGCGUUCAGCGGGCCGCAAGGUGACAUUGGUGAACCUGGUUUCAUAGGGGAAAUCGGGCCCCCCGGCACUCCCGGCAUGGACGGACGACGCGGUAUACCCGGUGAACCAGCAAUAUCUAUAAAUGGCAAGCCUGGACCGAAAGGAGAGAAAGGUGAAAUUGGCUUCGACGGGUUCAACGGGCUAGCCGGACUGAAAGUAAGCUUCUUAGCGACGACUGAUGAU